AUGAUUUCGGUUCGAGAGAUCGAUAGCAUCAAAGAUGCAGACCUCGUGUUGCCUCCCGAUGUGACGGCAGCUGCUUUUAGAGAUGCUCUGCGUGCUAUGAGUGCCAUCGUCGGGCCCGACAAUGUCAGCGUCUGCACACGCGAGCAAAUGCAGCCAGAUGAGGAAGGACACUACUUCAACCAUCCAAAGGAACAUGACUUGUUCUACAUCUUCGAGAAAGACACUUUCUUGGCUGGUGCUGUGGUCUGCCCUGGAAGCACCGAGGAUGUGUCCUCGAUCGUCAAAAUAGCCAACAAAUACCUGACCCCAAUCUGGACCACGUCCAUAGGACGCAACCUGGGUUACGGAGGAGCGGCUCCGCGCCUCAAGGGCAGUAUUGUCAUGGACGUUGGCGCUCGUAUGAACAAGGUGCUGGACGUCAAUGGCCGCGACUGUACCUGUCUGGUCGAACCCGGUGUCACAUAUUUUGCACUCUAUGAUUACCUGCAGAAGAACGGCUAUCAACACUUGUGGAUCGACAACCCAGACCUCGGGGGCGGAUCUGUUGUCGGCAAUGCUCUAGAUAGAGGAGCUGGUUACACUCCCUACGGCGAUCAUUUCUCUAUGCAUUGUGGAAUGGAAGUUGUCCUGCCAAAUGGCGAGAUUAUGCGGACAGGCAUGGGCGCCCUUCCGGGGAACAACACCUGGCAGACGUUCCAGUACGGCUACGGACCCUAUCCAGAUGGGAUAUUCACUCAAUCAAACUACGGCAUAGUCACCAAGAUGGGUUUUUGGCUCAUGCCAGAUCCUGGAGGCUACCAAGCAUAUCUUUUCUCGUUUCAGAACGACUCAGAUCUUCCAGCCGUUGUGGAAGCCAUCCGAGGUCUUAGGAUUGGUAUGGUCAUUCAGAAUGCACCAACUAUCCGAUCUCCGCUCAUGGACGCGGCCGCAUACGGCCCCAAGUCCUCGUAUACAGAUAAUACGGGGGUACUCACGGACGCCGAGAUUGAUAAGAUCGCAAAAGAUAUCAAGGUUGGCCGCUGGAAUGUCUACGGUGCGAUGUACGGUCCGAAACCCAUGCGCGAUCUACAAUGGGAGGUGCUGAAAUCGACUUUCAUGAAGAUACCUGGAGCUACCUACGAGUUUCCCAAGCCACGAGCCGAGGGAGAGAAGCGAACCGUUCUUCACAUGAGAGAAGAGACACUAAAAGGUCUACCGAACACCUACGAACUCGGAUGGCUGAAUUGGACUUGUGAGAAAGGCUCGUUGCUCGGCUUUUCUCCCAUCUCUCCGGCGAGUGGCGCCGAUGCCAACAAGCAGUACGAAAUGGUCAGACGUAGAUUCCACGAAUUUGGCUUCGACUACAUUGGCACAUUCGUUGUAGGGUGGAGAGAACUCCAUCACAUCGUAUGUUUGACCUUCAACAAGGAAGACCCAGACUCUCGCCGUCGAGCUCACAGAUGUAUCGAGCUUCUCAUUGACGAUGCUGCAGCAGAGGGCUACGGUGAAUACCGCACGCAUCUAUGCUUCAUGGACCAAAUUGCAAAUGUCUACAACUGGGGAAAUGGUGCUGCGUUGAAGUUUAAUGAAGAACUCAAGGAUGCUUUGGAUCCCAACGGAAUUCUUGCGCCCGGUAAGAGCGGCAUCUGGCCUAAACGUCUCCGUGGCCGUGGCUUCGAGCUCAAGCGAAGCACCGAGUAUCAGCAGACUUUAACCUCCAAUCUUGGCGGCACCAUUUAUCUGGCUUCUGGUCGACUACAUGCGCAUCCUGCGGAUGAGAAGAAAGAUGCCCCCAGGACCCUUGCCGCUCCCAGUCAUCGCGGCAUGAUCACCCUUUGGAAUGGCAGACGGCCCUUUAUUGUCUGCAACGAUGCCUGGGCGACAUCCGACCUGCUCGAAAAAAGGGCCGCCAUCUACUCGUCUCGCCCUCACAUGGUCGUUAUGGGCGACAUGAUGAACCAGACGGAUGCAAAUCAAGUCUGUCUGAUAUAUGGUGACAAGUGGAGAGUGCAACGCCGCCUUGUGCACACAGUGGUGGGCUCGCAAGCCGUUCGUGACCAUAGGACCUUCCAAGGCAAUGAGUCGAAAGUCAUGCUCCGCGAUCUGCUCGAAAAGCCCGACGACAUGGUCAUGUCUGUUGAGCGAUACUCCUGCUCUGUGGUCUCCAUCAUUGGUUGGGGCCGUCGAAUCGACCGGAUGAACGACUACGUAGCUCAGUGUGCCCUUGGGUUCAUGGAAGGCGUCGACUUCGUGGUCCCUGGCAUCUACCUUAUGGAGACCAUCCCAUUCCUCGCCAAGCUUCCAGGCUGGCUUUACAAACUACCGAGCCAGAUCUUGACUCAGUCCAAACUGUUCCAAGCAUACUUCUAUGCCUUGUCUAAGGAAGCAGCCCACGCUAAGCAGGACAACUUCUCUCAACUCCUCCUUAAACAUCAACAAGAACAUGGCUUGACACCAGAAGACAUUGCCUGUCUCACCGCCAAUCUUAUUGGAGGAGGAGUCGAUACCACUACCAGCUCCACUUUGUCGUUCUUUCUCGCUAUGUGUGUCUUUCCAGAGGCUCAGAAGAAGGCGCAAGAGGAGAUCGACAGGGUAGUCGGUGAAGACCGAAUGCCAACAUGGUCCGACGAGACCUCCCUCCCUUACGUUUCUGCUUUAGUCUCGGAAGUCCUGCGCUGGCGCUCCGUCACGACCCUCGGCGGUAUCCCACACGCCCCUAUCCGAGAUGACGAGUAUAAUGGCUACUUGAUCCCCAAAGGCACUGCUAUCACAGGUAAUCUUUGGGGCAUCCAUCGUAACCCUAAAGACUUUCCUGAUCCAGAUGUAUUCCGUCCUGAGCGAUUCUUCGGUGGCCUCGAGAGACCAUAUCCAUCGAAGAAAGGUCAUAAUUCGUUCGGAUGGGGUCGCCGCCAAUGCAGUGGUCAGCCUCUGGCUGAACAAGGACUAUUCAUUACCAUAGUUAGAGCAUUGUGGGCAUUCCAAAUGCGACCGGGCCUCGACGAGAAUGGCGUGGAGGUCAAGUUGGAUAUUUUCGCUUACACGGACAGUGAGAACAUGCGUCCGGAGCCCUUCAAGGCCCGCUUCACGCCUCGGUCCGAGAAGCGUCGCCAGAUUCUCCUCAAGGAGGCCGCCGAAGCUCGGGAGGCGUUGCGAGUUUAUGAUGGUGAGACCAAGAUCACCAUGGAAAAUGUCAUGAAAAAUGCUCUGGAGUAG